AUGCCUCCCCUCCGACCACCCCCCGCAGCCCUUCGAAGCUUGCUGCGAGCGCGACAGCAGUCGCGCUGCUAUUCACUCUCCAGCUCACCAGCUGCCCCGCCAACAUCACCCUUUGCGCCGCGACACUUUCUCUCCAUUGCAGACCUCACGCCUGCCGAGCUUACGACUCUUGUACGCAAUGCGCAGAACCACAAGACGGCCAUCAAGUCGGGGACUGGAGAGGUGCCACAUUCUCUGCGCGGGGCACUGGCUGGCAAGACAGUCGCCAUGACCUUCAACAAACGGAGUACCCGCACGAGGGUCUCAACAGAAGGAGCCAUUGCGGCAUUGGGAGGCUCACCAAUGUUCUUGGGCAAAGAUGACAUUCAAUUAGGUGUCAACGAGUCUCUCUACGACACUUCUCUCGUCCUCUCCAGCAUGACCGCUGCCAUUGUCGCCCGUGUGGGUCCACAUUCCGACGUCGCAGAUCUCGCAAAGCACUCUUCGGUCCCCGUCAUCAACGCCUUGUCUGACCUCUACCACCCUCUCCAGAUCAUCGCCGACUUCCUCACAAUAUCUGAGGUCAACACCUCAAGCUCCGGUUCCUCACUUGGGUUGGAAGGGAUGAAGAUUGCAUGGAUCGGCGAUGCGAACAACGUGCUCUUCGAUCUUGCCAUUGGCGCAGUGAAACUGGGCGUCGACAUCUCCGUUGCAACACCAAAAGGCUACGAAAUUCCACAGGAAAUGCGCGCAGUCAUAGAACAGGCUGCAGGCACAACACCCAGGCCAGGAAAGCUCUUCGAGACCACCGCGCCUGAGGAGGCGGUCAAGAACGCAGACAUCCUCGUUACAGAUACCUGGGUGUCCAUGGGCCAGGAGGAAGAGACAGCAAGGAGGCUCAAGGCCUUCGAGGGCUUCCAGAUCACCUCCGACCUGGCGAAGCGCGGUGGGGCAAAGGACAGUUGGUCUUUCAUGCACUGCCUGCCUCGUCAUCCGGAGGAGGUCAGUGACGAGGUCUUCUACGGGCCCAGGUCGGUCGUCUUCAGGGAGGCUGAGAACAGGUUAUGGGCGGCCAUUUCUGCUAUCGAGGCCUUCGUAGUGAACAAGGGCAAGAUUCGACUUACUUCCGUCAAAGCGGCAGUGUGUCAGGUUCAUCUGAAGUCGUGA